GUUUACAUUUUACUGUAAUUGUUGGUUAGCUUCAGUUGUAUUUGACUCUCCGCGUUACAAGAAGCGGUUUAUUUGGUAUUUUUCAGUUUCAUGUCCUUGUAUGUUUUCACUUUAAUAAUCAUUGUGAAUGUGUUAAAUGCUUAGUAAAAUGUCCAAAUCGUGUUUAUAAUCAUCGACUAUUUGUAAAUACUGUAAUUUGUAAACAUGUUAUUUCGAAUUUUGUUUCAUUUUUUAUUCAUCUUUAUUUCACAAGACUUUGUGAACCUCUUUUAUAAUUCCAAUUUCUUAAGGAAUAGUGAUAUAAGUGAUUCGUCGAGGAUUAAUUUUUUAUCAUCUUGGAUGGUUAGUGCUUUUUGUCCAUCCAAUUGUCGAUGCAAUGAUAACAAACUGGAAGCUGUUUGUUCCAAUGCUUCUCUCACCAUCAUACCGAUCACAUUGAAUCCAAAUAUGAGGAAAAUUCUCCUCAAUUCAAAUCAAAUAGUUAAACUAAGUACUGAUUCAUUUAGUGUUUAUCGUAAUAUUGAAUCUCUCGACUUGUCCCAUAAUAAAUUGGAUACUUUAGAAGACUACUCUUUUAGAGGAUUAAGUAAAUUGAAGACGCUUCAUCUAAAUGGAAAUAAACUUCUAGUUUUCACUAAUUCCACAUUCAAUGGUCUUUCAGGAUUGGAAGAUCUUUACCUUAAUGAUAAUUUAUUAUCUAAUUUAAAUGACUCCGUUUUCAAAGGGCUACUAAAUCUGAAGCAACUAAAUCUCAAUCGAAACCGGUUGAAUUAUCUAGAACCUCGUGCUUUUGAUGGUUUGAAAAAUUUAAGGACACUUUUUUUAGUAAAUAAUUCACUAAAUAUGGAUUAUUCAAGUUUAUCGAAUGAUCAGUUGUCUUCAACACCGUCAACCUUUAAUUCUUCAAGCUUAAACUUGAGCGAUAUUCUUGUUGCACUUUCACCACGUUACUUACCCAACUUGAUGGAAUUGCAUCUUGGUGGUAAUAAUUUUCCUUCUAUAAAAAAAGAAAAUUCUCCUUUCUUCAGUGGAAUGGAUCCAUCUGAAAGUAUAACUCCAUCUGACUCUUCAGAUUUCAUGUUGGAACAAAGUGAAAGCAAUAAUCAGAAUCAUCAUUAUUCGCACGAAAGCUCAAAACGACGUGAAUCACAUGAAUUAAAAUUUUGGAGUAAUUUGCAAGAAUUAUCUCUAGAAGGAUGCUCAAUCAGUUCAAUUGAAUCUGGAGCUCUAAAUGGUUUACCCAAACUAACUACUUUAAGACUCAACAAUAAUAAUUUUCAGCAAGUGCCAAAGGAUAUUUUUUCAGAUUUGGGUAAACUUGAGGUUCUUCAGAUUGGAGGAAAUCCUUUUACAACAAUCAACUCAACAUCAUUUACCACUUUAACCAGUCUCAAAAGUCUUGAUAUAAGUCGUUGUCCUCAUCUCAAUACAAUUGAGUCGGGAGCUUUUAAUGGAUUGGAUAAAUUGGAGCUAUUAGAGAUUUCUUAUAAUCCAAAUCUGCAUUUCAUCGAUUCAACUCUAUUUGAUCCACUGGUUUCUCUCAAGAUUCUCAUAUUAACUCACAAUUCAUUCACCUUCCUUGACAAUCAUCUCUCUUUAAUUGCGAAUCGUGUCAAGUUAUUUGAUGUUCGAGGCAACCCAUUCACAUGUAAUUGCUCUGUUCAAUGGAUCCGUAAAUUGUUUCUCCAAAACAUUAAUGAUACUAAUAGUGAAGUGUCCAUUAAAGGAUUAUCAUCUUCAUCUGUUAAUUCACCCACAUCAUCAACUACUGAAAGCUCCAAAGGAGUAAAUGAAGUAUCAGUGAAACGUGAACCGGCAUCAGCAUUCCCUGCUGCUGCUCGUCGCAUCGCACCCAAUCCAUCCGUCGAGUCAUCUUCAUUCAUCAUGCAAUCAUCUAGUGAUACAUCAUCUAAUGUAAAUAAGAUAAUUAGAGUAACAUGUGCCAAUCCAAUGCCUCUCAGAGGUAAACAGAUAAUUGAUCUGGAACCCGGUGAUAUAGGGUGUUAUGAAGUUGAAUCAAUGGCACCAAUUGUAAUUGGUGUAUUCAUCGGUUGCUUGAUCAUUACCGGUGUUGUUGUGAUUUGUGGUAUUCGUUGGAGAACUCGAUUAACCGGAUUAAUCAAAGGUACAACCGGAGUUGGAUCAAAAAGAUCUCAUCAUUAUCCUGCCAAGAUUGGUGCAUCAUCAAUGGUUGGAGGUAUCGGAAGUAUCGGAAGUGUAAUGGGUGGUGUUGGUGGAUCAGGUCGUAAGAUAUUUGGUAUGAUGAGUCAUAACCCAAUACGCACAAAUGAUCUGGAUUAUGGGCCUUACAGUAAACCAGAGUGCAUUGUGGUUCCAGGUUAUAACAUGGAAUCAACAACAAUCAUUAACAACCUGAACAAUCCAUAUGAAAUAGUCCCUUUGAGUGGUUCACUACAUCACGACAUGAGUAGUCACACAUUUGAUCGCAUAAGCAGUAUUGUUGGUGGCUUCGGUGGUUUCACUAGUGGUCCAAUUAUCGGUAAUACAAGUAAUAGUCUUAUAAGAGCUGGUUUCAGAAGCAAUUUAAGUGUAGGAGUUGGAGGUGUAGGAGGAGGAGGAGGAUGUGGUAGUGAUUCUUCUUCAUAUGAAGGUGAAUACCAUUAUCCGAUUGUUAGUAAUCUUCGAACUACGCCAAUCACUGAACUGUGAUGAAAAUUGUUUUCCAACACAUUUUAAUGUUUUUAAUGAUUGCUAUUGAACAUUUCUCUCAGCAAUAAAGAUAAUGAUGAUCCUCAAUGAUUUUACAUCACUAACCUGGAAACUUGAUGUAAUUUAAUUUUCUUCCGAUGCCAUUUCCGGUGUGAAAUUCCGUCCAAGAGUAAUCUCUCUGUUCUCACAACUUACACCUUGGAUUUUGAUCUCAAGGGAAUAUAUUUUCCUCUUUAUCUCAUUUGGUUUGCCUGCUCUCCUUGUUUUAUAAGUGCAACAAGCAACUUACCAGUGGUCACUAGUUGCCUUAACCUGCCAACAAGAAGAAGAAGGAUAAUAAUAAUGAUGAUGAUGAUGAUGAUGAUGGGGAGAAACCUGAAUAAAAAGAUAAGACUUGCAAAAACAAGUUGUCUUGAAGCAAAAUGUAACAAAAAAAGGAAAGGAUGAUGAUGUCUUUUCAUCUUCUCUUCUCUUCUUUCCUUGUAACUCUUUCAAAGCCUGUGUUCAUACAAUUAAAUGAUGAUCGGAUCAAAGGAUCAGUAAGCCAAUGGUUGAUUGGUUGUUAACAACAGGAUUAACAAGCAAAAAGGAAAUUAAAACUAUUGAGUGAUGCUGAAUGAUUUUCCAAUGGACCAAUAUAAACAAUUGAUUAAUUUCAAUGCUAAGUCAGUAACAACAACAAUAACCACAAAGAGCAUUCACCAACCUAACCCAUCAUGUUGAUUGUACCAAAGAUGAGUUUGCAACCAAAGACCUUUUAAGACAUCGCUAACAUUUUAUUUACCAUUCGCUUGUUUUAAUCGGAAUGUCGCAGCUAAGGGGACAACAUUGAAAUGCCAACAAAAACUGUGACUCCGGAGUCAAGGUUGGUUUAAAGCUAGUGAAGAUGUCAACAAGGAAUAAGGAUGAUACUGGGAAGAUUGGUGAUGCAAAUAAUUACUUGAUCCGAAAAUUUACAGUUGAUGCUAACUUGGCUGUAUAAACAUUAAUCCUCACUGUUCCACCCACAAAUCUCAUAACCAUAAUCAUCAUCAUUAUAAUGUUAAAACAUUUGUGAAUGAUUACAAGGAAACAGUAAUGUUCCAAAACAUUACAAACAGCCUCAUUUUGCAGCAAUUUAGUUUCUAUUUGCGUUGCCAAACACAAAGGCACGCAGACGGAAAACUAUUGUAACUAAACACACACUUAUAACAUCAAACAAGCAAACCUCACGCGAUUGUUCAUCAGAGUAACUUUUUAAUUCAAAAAAUGGAAUCAGUUCUAUGCCUUCACAGCCAACAAAGGUUCAACUCUCAACACGAGCGAAACUUUUUUAGUUUUUCAUCAAUAAUUUGAGUCCUUAAAUGUGGAUUGAAUUUAUUGUAUACAGUGCAAGAAAUUUACGAUCAUUAAUGAUCGGGGCUCAGUUUGUAAAUAUAAUACCUUCGACGGCCCAUCAUGUAAAUGAAUAAAACUAUAAAUUCAAUAAGAAGAUUAAAAUUAAAAAUUAAACCUAAUUCAA